AAUACAGCCCCAAUCGCCCGUCUUGCUGUGGCGUAUUUUUGUGGGGUUCGUUCUGUCGUGUCUUCGGGCAAUUUUCUGAAUAAAAAUUUUCAUCUGCUCGGAAAUGUUGGCUUUUCUAGUUGAAAAAGUGAAAAAAUUGUGCAAAUCGUGCCAAAACUUAUGAAAAUGUUAAGUACAAUGUGAGCGUGGUGCAGUGCAGUGACUUGAAAUGUAAUACGUUGAAUAAACCCACAAUAUAUUGUCAACAUAAUUUACACGCAGGUCUUCAAAUAACUAACUCUUCCUUGGAGAGGCAGUGCUCAAAUGCUACUCUUUUUGUAGUCACUUUGAGAAGCACUGUAAACUUAACCAAAGAUUGGGCCGUGUGCCCAGCAUAAAAUAAUAAUAUAAUAUUAAAUAUAUUUAAGAAUAAUAAUUGAAUAAGUUAAGAAUAAUAUGAAUGUGACCACAGUUUCCACCGGCACGAGUACUGGUACCAUUAAUGCUACACAACAAACAACAAAAACAUAUAAAAUCGAAAUGUUGGAUGAUGGUCAGUUGAGCAUGGCGUCAGAUGAUGACGACGAUGAUUUAAUUAAUAGCGAUGACAGUCUUUACGAUGAUGCCGAUCUGGCACAUAUAACCGUGCAAGAUGAUGUGGCAAAUCAAUUGGCAGCAGCUGGUCCCGUAGGUGUGGCAGCUGCAGCGGCUAUUGCAUCUUCGAAGAAACGAAAACGUGCACAUUCAUUCGAAACGAAUCCAUCGGUGCGCAAGCGACAGCAAAAUCGCCUAUUGCGCAAACUCCGCGGCAUCAUCUAUGAGUUCACCGGUCGGGUGGGCAAGCAAGCAGUUGUCUUAGUGGCGACACCUGGAAAACCAAAUACAAGUUACAAAGUGUUUGGUGCCAAGCCAUUAGAGGAUGUAGUGCGUAAUCUCAAGAAUAUUGUGAUGGAUGAAUUAGAGAAUGCAUUGGCACAACAAGCACCACCACCACCGCAGGAGGAUCCAUCACUCUUUGAGCUACCCCCGCUGAUUAUCGAUGGCAUACCGACACCGGUGGAGAAAAUGACUCAGGCACAACUGCGCGCUUUUAUUCCUUUGAUGUUAAAGUAUUCGACAGGACGCGGUAAACCCGGUUGGGGACGUGAAUCGACUCGACCUCCUUGGUGGCCAAAAGAAUUGCCCUGGGCAAAUGUACGCAUGGAUGCACGUUCGGAAGAUGACAAGCAGAAGGUGAGAAUCAGCUGGACUCAUGCACUGCGAAAAAUCGUCAUCAAUUGCUAUAAAUAUCAUGGACGGGAGGACCUAUUGCCAACUUUCGCCGAUGAUGAUGAUAAGAUUGAAAUGCUAGAUGGCGAGGAGGACGAUGAAAUGGAUGAGCAUAAAUUAACGUCGACAACAACUGUGCAAACGGUAGCUAAUGCUGCAACGAAUACAACAAAUCAAGUGAACGUCGUAAAGAUCAACAGCGCCGGCACGGUGAUCUCCACACAUACGGCCAGCGCACAAACGCAAGGCAACACGGUGCCGACAAUCAUUCAAAGCACUAAUAACCAACACAUAACAACCACCGCAACACUCCCGGCAUCGACUAAGAUUGAAAUUUGCACAGCACCUGUCCAAACGACCAGUCAGGCAUCACAGGUAGCACAGCAAACGAAUGCCGCACAGAGUAUUGCAAACGCGCAGGUUUGCAUCGAACCGCUGACUUUGGGCGAUGUUGAUUAUACCACGCAAACAGUGCUAUCGACAAUACAGAAUGCUGACGGCACAGUGUCCCUAAUACAAGUGGAUCCAAAUAAUCCAAUAAUCACUCUACCCGACGGUACAACGGCUCAGGUGCAAGGCGUGGCCACACUGCAUCAAGGUGAGGGUGGUGCUACUAUACAAACUGUACAGAGUUUGGGUGAUGUCAACGGCCAUGAGAAUAUGACUGUUGAUCUGACCGAGGCGACUGUGGCUCAGGAUGGUCAAAUAUAUAUAACUGCUGAAGAUGGGCAAGGUUAUCCCGUAUCGGUGAGCAAUAUGAUAACAGUACCAGUUUCCGCUUCCAUGUACCAAUCCAUGAUGGCCAACAUACAACAGAUUCACACGAAUGGUGACGGCACAGUGUGCAUCACUCCAAUGCAGGUGGAAAAUGGCGAUCAGUUAGAAACCAUAACGGUUUCGCCCGGCAUGCAACAGAUGUUGAUACAGGGUGCGCCAGGCACCGAACCGCAAGUGCUACAAGUCGUGAGUCUCAAGGACGCCACACUCCUAAGCAAGGCAAUGGAAGCUAUAACCGGCGGCAAUGUCAAGGCUGAGGAUACCAUAAUAAUGGAGCAAUAAGUUACUUACCAAGUCAAAAUACUGAUAGGCAAAGAAAAAGAAUUUAAACUUAACUUAUAAUAUAUUUGUUGUUUUUUUUUAUGUGCUGAAAUACGUUUAUUUUUAUACACUUACAAAUGCUUUAAUAAGUUCAUUCUUUGUACUGAAAAAAAUGCGAUAUAAAGGCGAUUAUUAUUAUUAUUUUUUUAAUAGAUCGUACUUGCAUAGGUGUAUACAUACAUAUGUAUAAGCUAAUUGAAUGUACCUGAAAGGUAGUAUUAUAUUUACAUACAUAUAUACAUGCAUAUUUUAUUUUCGAUUUUUAUAUUUGCUCUGUUUUUUGAUUUUUAACAAAACAAAAAUCACAAAUAUCAACGCACUAUUUUUUAGCUUAAUCAAAUAGGUAUUGGAUUUUCUAAUUCACUGUCUGGCAGUCUGCUUCGUCUUAAAAUAUAUUUGUUUGCAUACUUUUUAUCAUAAAGAAUGGACAGGAAAAAUAUUAGUCGGGCGAAAGCCGUUAUAACAUCAAAUUUGUACAAGCUUUCGAAACGAUUUAUAUUUUAUUUUCUUCUUUAUUAAGCGCAUUUUGUUAAACAAAAAACUCAUAUCAAUUACCUUUGUUACAAACCUAACCUAACCUACAAGCAUCUUUGUAAGAUUUAACUUCUCUAAUCAGGCGAUGGACAAUAGUUUUUGUUACGGUAUCUGCCGUUCUCUGCCUAUUAUUUUUCAACUGCUGCUCAUUUUUAGUUUCUUUUUUCAUUUUUAGCAUUGUUUUUAAAUAAUUGGCCAACAUUUUCCAAUGGGUUGCAAUUGUGGACAGUUUGGUGGGUUGUGGUGCUUUUGAACAAUAUUUACCCCGUGAUUUUCAUACCACUUCAUAGAAAGACGACAAUGAUGAUAUGAAGCUAGAUCGGACUAGGCAAAGAACUGGGCCUUAACGUUGUUUUCAUACCACACUGGCAGAUUGCUUGUCAAACCAAACAUUUCUUAGGCCACUUGUCCAACAUUUUUAGCUUAAAGGCACUUGUAACUCCUCUCUUUGUUGCAGUAUAAAACUCAGCUCCCCGAAUCUGCUUAAAGUCUACUUUGGCGUAUGUUUCAUCGCCCUUAACAACACAGCCAUAUUUAUGGCUGUACAUUCUGUCAAAAAAGUACCGAGAAUUGUUUAAUAAAACUCAAAAUAAUUGUUUAAUCAUCAAAAUUGAUUUUGUCGCCUUCAAAUAGGCUCCAUUCGAAGCCAUACACAUAUGCCAACGAUUAGUCCAGUCACCAAACCACCUUUUAAACGCGUUUGAAGAGAUUUUCUUUAGCUCCUUCAGCGAAUUCUCGUUAAGGGCCUCUCUCGACUCAAAGCGGCGUCCGCGGAGGAGCAAUUUAAGUUUUCGAAAAAAGAAAAGGUCCCAGGGGGUAAAUCCGGUGGUUGUUUGAUGAUAUUUGUCGAGUUUUUGGUCAAAAACGCGUUCACAAUAUGAGCCUUCUGAGACGAUGCGUUAUCGUUUUUUUCCACAAAUUGGGCCGUUUCCUAUGCAAAUUCUCUCUCAAAUGUGGCAUAACUUCCAGAUAAUAUUCUUUAUUUACCGUAGGACCAUUUGGAAUAAAUUCCGAGUGAACAAUAUCAUGAUAAUCAAAGAGAACUGAGUAGCAUGACUUUCACUUUUGACCGACUUUGACGUGGUUUUUUGGGUUUCGGCUUAUUUGGCUAGCACCAUUCAGCCACCUGUUGACAUAUACCCACGUUUCAUUGGUUCUGAAUUCACUUGCUCAAGCAUGUCUUCAGCUACCUUCUUCCGAUGAAGUUUUUGAAAGAAAUCAACUCGGAACGAAUCGAGUAGCCACGCGUCUCAUGCCCAAUCGAUGGUGUAAAUGUUGCGAAUUGAUUCGUGAGACACGCUAAAUUCACGAGCUUCGUAGCUCAAACUUAAGUGAUGCUUUUCCAGUACCAUUUCCUUGACCUUGUCGACGUUUUCAUCCAUUGAAGGUGUUGAUGGGCGACCAGAUCGGGGCAAAUCUUUCACGACUUCUCGGCACUCUGCAAAAGCCUUAUACCACUCGUAGACCCGUGUUUUUGAUAAAGCACACUUGCCAUAGGCUUUCUGCAUUUUCAACGAUUGGGCACACGAAUUCCCGUUGAAGACACAAAAUUUAAGACAAAUUCUGUGUUCGAUAUUUUUAUUCAUAGUGAAAAUCGCAGAGCACAGCUGCGGUUGACUGAUAUAAUUAAAUGUCAAAAACAAGUUAAUUGACAAAUCAAGCUCAAACUCUGCGACGCUACACAGGAUAGACAUACCUAUGUGUAACGUGCGCUUUUUAAAUGAACAAUUUUUUGACAGAAUGUAUUGACUGUAUAAUUUUCAUGCUGGACUGUGUGUAAACCUUCACCUUUGCGCACUUCUUGAACAUUCGACAUAUAUACCUAUUUUGCGCCAUCUCGAAGUGCAAGGUCAGCUUUUUUGAGAUAAUGACACCUUUCUUUGGCUUUUGACUGCGACAUAAAUCCUCUCUUUCUUGCACUUUCAGGCCUUCGUUCCACUGACAAGGUUUAGUUAAACAUUUUUAACCCCUAAGUUACCGCACUUUUCGGACAAUUUACAGUUUUUGCAAGCUCACACUUAACCGAAGACCGAAGACCGAACCGAAGCGAAGAUUAUGUAUGUAGAAGUUAGAAAAAGUGAAUACGUCAAAUUAAUAUAGACAACAAACACUAUGAAUAUCUAUACUUAUUUUUUAUUUAUACAAGCGAUGAGUAAACACAAUCGACUAGCUUUUUUUCCCUGUACAUUCUUUACACACAUACAUACAUACAUUCAUAUUUUAUACGCCAAACCAAUAAAGCAAAAGAGUUUGACGCGUAUGUUCCCACGACUGCCGGUUCUACAUAACCGGAACGACCCGGAUUUAUAUCCGCCCAAGGAGAUUGUUUAUGCUACUACAACAACAACGUGUAUGUCUUACAAACAGAAGUUUUGAUAGGUUUUCGUAUUAGAACUGUCAAAAGCAUUACUUCUGAAGUCGACUUUGCUUGCCACUCUCUGGAAUACCUUUUAUGUUCAUAGGCUCUGGGUUCUUUAUUUUGUUUUUAUCUUUUUUUUUGUUGGUCUACAAUCUAUAGUCCUCUUUUGUUAGCGGUUCAAGAAAACGGAAAAUUCUGCUCUCGAAUAUUUUAAAGUUAUUUAUUGCAGAUGGUAGGUGUUUGAUAAUAUUGUUCAGUGAUAGCCUCAUAAUACUUCGAAAGUACACCUAGAGCAAGCUAUGCUAGAAAUCCGUUCAACUAGUAACACAAAGUAAUGCCAUGGAUGAUACUCGAAAAGUAGGGUUAUAUUUAAAAUUGCUUACAUACAUGCGGCGCAUGCAUUGACUGUUGCUAUCAGUGAUAUGUAUGUAUGCAUACAAAAUGGAUAAUAAGUUUUGAAAGAAACUAUUUGUCAUACAUUUUUCACCAUUAAAAUUAAACAAAAAUAAAA